AGUUGUUCUUUACUCUGAGUGAAAUGUUAACAAAUGCCGUUGUCCCUAUAUGUCUCUUCUUCUUAUUUAUUUUAAAGUAUAUAGAGUGUGACUGUCCGACUAUAGAAACUGUUGAAAAUCUCAUCACAGUAUAUCAUCAGAAUGAAACCGACCUAACUCUUAAACAUUACUGUUAUAGACCUCAAAUCGAAGGCUUCGAUUCACCAAAGUCUAUUCUAAAGCAUACUACUUAUGAGUGCAUAAAUGAUGUUUGGAUACGAGCCGAUGAUAAAAACGAAGCACCUUGUGAAAACUAUAUAUGUGAGAAGAUCAAAGUUGCUGGUUCAUACUCUGGUAUUUACUCGUAUGAAGCAACCAGCGUCGAUUGCCCCCAACCCCAUUACAAAAGCCCUAAUGUUUAUCUAUUCAAAUAUUUGACAUUAAACAAAUGGAGACUUAGUACUACCUGUGCUACGAGUGGGUCGGGCCAUAAUGGUCCGGCAGAUCAAUUUCCUUUUACAACUGCCACUAACACUUGGUCAAACAGCAAAGUUCAAUGCAUUAAAUGGACAGAUUGCUAUAUGACCAGUAAAGGUGAAGAUUAUGUUGGAAAAACAAAAUUAGGAAUCUGUACUCCUUGGCCAAGUUCUCAACCGAAUUUACCAGAUAUUCAUCCUAGUCAUGCUGAGAAUUUUUGUCGAAACCCAGGAUCAUCCAAUGACGAACCAUUUUGUUAUGAUGGCGCUGUAAAACAACUAUGCAAUAUGAAAAACUGUGGAUUUUGUGAAGCUCCCCUUCUUAAUGGCGAUAGAGAGAUUCGUCUUAGUAAAAAAAGCUUUCUUAGGCAUGGUGAAACGGUUGAUUAUACAUGCGAAGACUGGUUCAGAACGUGGGAAGGCAAAUUAGAGAGGGAAAAGACUUUUAAAUGUUUGAAUGGAGUUUUGGAAAAUUUCGAUUCAUCAGAUUGUACAGAAUCUUCUAUCUUCGGUCAAGAUGAUAUACUUAUGAGAUAUUUCUUUGACUUUACUCAUUCAUUUCACAUAAAUGGGGGAAGUUAUACUUCUAACUAUGGUCAAACAAAAACAGUACACGUUGACACGACCAAUUUUAAUGUUCUGUCGAAAGAAGACAUACAUCAACACUGGAAUUCUAUAUCCAUAACUCAACAGGUAGCCACACAAGCGUGCGCAUUAAGAUUUGACGAAGCUAGCCCAAUAACCACCAACAUAACAAUUGAUAUAUGGUUUCAAGCAGAAAAAGUUAAUCCUGGCUCAUACAUCAAUUUAUUUAAACAAUCUAAUUUGCUGUCCAUUGCCAUUGCCGCAUUUAGUUCGGCGUCAUUACAAUUGUUUGUGUCAAUCCAAGGAAGACUUGUAUGGAAUAAAUCAAUAGACAAAGAUAUUCUAUAUAACUUGGUGAUAACAAUACAAAACGGACAAGAAAACAUAUAUUUAAAUAGCAAUUCUGAAAAUGAAAGGUCUAACAGCAUAUUGACUCUGUCUGGCCCAGCAGAAGCAGUUUGUUGUGGAAAUACAGGUUCAUCAGGAAGCAGUUCUAAUUGUGUGGAAAAUAUUGUUCAUAUUUUGGGUCUUAAAACAAUUCAGAAACACUUUUCUCAUUCCGAAGUGAAAGAUAUGUAUCAAACAACAAAUGGAAGAAAGUUUUAUUUUAGUCUUUCAAAUGUCGCUAUUGAUUGUAAAGAUGCACCUUAUAGCGGUGACUACAGUAUCGAAUAUAAGGCCAGCUUUAACCUACAUGGUAUGUGCGAUGCGUCGCAUGAACUUCAUAGAAAUUAUAUAAGUGUUGAAAGAAAUGGAAAUGCAGAAUGUAACAGCGGUAUUUGUACAAUUGAAUAUAAAUACGGAAAAGGAGGUAAUACACCUUAUGAGCAAGUCAAAGAUGUAGUCAAUGCCUCACCAUAUUGCUAUCAAGAAGUUAAGAUAUCUUGUACAAGUAGUUACAUGGUUAGUAAAUCCAUUUCAUGGGUUUACGAAAGUAAUAAUGUUGAGAAAACUAGUACUGAUUGGGCAUAUGACACUGAUAGUAUGUGCAAGAAUGAAGAUCCUAGAAUGCCUUGUAAAUGCGAUAAUAUGGGUUCUCCGACUAUGGAUUAUGGAAAUAUUGUGAAUAAAGAGAAGUUACCAAUUAAAGCGAUCAAGUAUGCUCCUCCCACAAAUGAUUUAUCUUUAGAGAUAAGCAUUGGUCCUUUAGUUUGUGUAUCUUAUGGCUAUUUUACCGGUGGUCUUAUAAAUCCAUGCUCAACUAAUCCUUGCGGAGAUCACGGAAAUUGUUACUUAAAAACAACUUCAACUUACGGUUGUCAUUGCCAUCCAGGUUAUCCUGUUGAACUUGAUGAACAUUGUAAAAUACCGAAAGUUUGUACAAAUCUUACUGCUACUGGCGACCUAACUGUAACGUACGAUCCUCCUGGGCAAUUACCAGUUUACGGCUCAAAAGCGUUGAUUAAUUGUACAAAUACAGUAUUUUUAGAAUCAUCAUUAAGCUCACAAGAAUCCUACUGUUACUCAUCCGGUUCAUGGUCGGGAGAGAAUACGCUUUCGUGUUACUUGAACUGCCCCGAGAAUUUUGUUCUUUACAAUGAAACUUGCUAUUGGCCAUCGCAAUCCGUAAAUCUUGUUGGCACAAGAGACGAAGCUAAAUAUAUAUGCGAACAGCUAGAUUCAACAUUAGCAAAGCUAGAGGACGUAAACUUGGCAACAUUGAUAAGAACUCAUUACGAAUUUGGUUCGACAAGUGCGCUUAUUGGUUUGUUUAGAAAGAGCGGAGCUAUCGUUUGGUCUGAUGAGUCACCUUUGACUGAACAUUCAUUAUGGGCGGCGAGUGCAAAUGACCUUACAGAAAAUAAAUGUGUUCAUGCCUCGUUAUGUAACUCUUCAAAUCCUUUAAAAUAUCAUGUCGUCGGCUGUGAAAGUGUCGCACCAUUCUUAUGCCAGGCAACUAAAUGUCCAGAGUUUUCAACGUUUAAUAAUUUCAAUUUGAGUUUGCUUGCCAAAAAAAACUAUCAUGUAGGCGACACUGAAAUUUUAACUUGUAACAACGAAUAUUCAUUAAACGGUGCAUCGAUAGUACAACCUCUACUUUGUGGCUCAGACGGAUCCUGGAAUUUGUCAUCGGCAGAAUGCACACUUCAUAAUUGCGCAGUUACUCCGCCGGCGGUGGCUAAUGCAAAGAUUGUCUCAAUAUUCGGAACACAUACAUUAGGUGCAAUUAAAGAAUAUAUAUGUAAACCUGGAUACGAGAAUGGUUUUCCCGAAAAUCAUCGAUUUGUAUUAACAUGUACACUGAACGAUUGGGCUUGGUUUAAUAAUACAGCAGCCACUUGUAAUAGGUAUGCUCAAAAGUAUAUUGAUAUUGAUGGACCAGAUGGUAAACAUAAACCACUAAGCGUAAAUUGCCAUUUUGGUUCACCUAUUUUGACAAGACUACAAUUUAAUUUUCAGACUCAAGAAAACACUACCUUUGAUUUGGGUUAUUCGUUUGAACUAAUUGAACAGUUUAAAAGUCUAUUUUAUGUGUGUACUCAAGAUGUUGAUAUUGAAUGUGCCUCUAAACAUCAUAUUUCAAACAUUAUGGUAGCAACACCCGAAUCAGCAUUUUUUAGUAUAUCUGACGAAGUGACAAAUCGUAUAUGCGAUUAUCCUGGUCCGAAUUAUCGCCCCUGUCAAUGUAUGUUUGACGAUGAAGAUAGUGGCUAUAUAAUAGGAAAGAGUAGAGUACCAAUUUAUAAAGUAUAUUGGCCUAAUGGAUAUGAAUUUGAACUGAAUUUCGGUGCUCUUAAAUGCUAUUCAAAUAAACAUAACUACUGUCAACAAGAUACUUGUCAUAAUGGAGGAACGUGUUUUCCACAGAACAUCUCUCCGCAUUAUGAAUGUAUUUGCGCACCAGGCUAUUCAGGCAACAACUGUGAGAACAAAAUAAAUUGUGGAAAUCUCACAACGGUACAUGAUGGAAUCUGGGUUUAUCAAACUCUGACAGAGUAUUCUCACUUAGCAACUCUGGCUUGUAAGGAAAACUUUUAUAUUUCAACUCAACCGGAAACGGAGAUUAUGUGGGCUCCAAAAAAUAUAACCAACGUAGCUUGCCUAAAGACAGGCAGCUGGAGUACACAAAGUUAUAAGUGCCAACAUUACUGCCCUCUACCUUUUCGUCCUACAACAAAGACUCAUAGAUGUUUCUAUCAUUCAUCUUUUGAUGGCGUUGCUAAUGCUAAAGCUAGUUAUGUUCAUGCUAAAAAUCAUUGUGAAAGUAAUCAUGGCUUAUUGAUCUCUAAAGAAGCAAUAGAGGAUGGGACGUCAGAGUUUCUUAGGGAAUAUUCGAAAGAUGUUGAACCUUCGGGGAAAAUAUUUAUAGGAGCAAGAAAAAGAGAUAAUGAGUUUUUCUUCGAAGGUAGAAAUGACACUGUGGAAUCAAUUCAGAAUGUUUUAAACAGCAAUGUAGGAGAAUGUGUUAUUUACUUGAGGCCAGCAGCAAAAAUUUUUGAAUCCCAAGAUUGCUCUACACCUACUACAUUUGCUUGCGAAUAUUUCGAGUGCUCCACACCUCCUUCAAAUUACACCUACUCAACUUUUGUCGAAAAAUCAGGAUUCGCUUAUCUGGACAAGGCAACAUACAGUUGCCAAUUAGGAUACGAAGUAUUAGACAAUGACCUAAGAUAUAAGAAUCUUACUUACAUAUGUGGAUCUGAGCGUAUCUGGAUUCCAACUGGAGCUUCAGACUGUUCCCUUGUCGAUUGUAAGGAGCCAGCUAUCGUUAAAUAUUCUACUAAACAUGUUGAAGGAACAAAAUAUCAACAAACAGUUAAUUAUACUUGUGCAGAGCAUUUCGAAAUGAUUGGAAAUGAUAGAAUCCAUUGUCAGGACAACGGAAGUUGGACUGAAAGUCCAAUCUGCAAUAGAGUAACUUGUCCUGAUCCUGGUGAACCAACAAAUACAACUCGUAUAACCAACGAUUUUCUAGUUGAUACCAAUAUAACAUAUACAUGUACAACUGGAAACGUACACGUGGGUGGCGAUAUUGUAAGAAAAUGCACUGAAAACGGAACGUAUACUGGUCAGGAGCCCGUUUGCGAAUAUGCAUCAUGCGGAAACUUUCCACUAAUAGCCAAUGGACAGGUUAACUUGACAAUUUCAUUACAUACUUUCUAUCAAGCAGUAGCAACUUACUAUUGUAAUCGGUAUUUCUCAUUGGUAAACUCUAGUACGACAACUUGCCUCGCUAACGGUUCCUGGUCAACUUUACCAUCUUGCAAGAGAGUUGAAUGUCCUGAACCUCCCCCCGUUAUAAAUUCAACUAGGCUACCAGUCACUCAAAUUUUUCCAUUAAAUAUUACAAUAACAUAUUCAUGUGUUUUGGGUUAUUAUUGGUUUAGUGGAAAUUUAAGUAGAACAUGUUUGGACAAUGGAACUUGGACUGGUGAAGCUCCCACGUGUCCAAUUGUUGAUUGUAAGUCUCCUCCUACUAUUAAUAAUGGAGGUAGAAACUUUACUAUGACAAAAUAUGAAGAUAGAGCGGAUUAUUUCUGUGAUCAGUAUUUCGUCAUUGCCAAACAUAACUUUUCAACUUGUCAGGCUAAUUUUACUUGGAGUGAAAAACCACACUGUGUACGUACACAUUGUCCACCUUUGCCAGAUGUAAAUCUAACAACACGAAUUGAUUAUGGAACGAAAAUAGGAGAAAAUACUACUUUUGAUUGCGUUACAGGUUAUAAUCUUACUGGUGGUACCUUUGUUCGAACAUGUUUAGAUACUGGACUUUGGACGGGCGCUCCUCCAGUUUGCCUUAGACUAAAUUGCGGAUUCCCUGAGAAAGUCGAUAAUGCAACUAUAAAUUGGCAUAAUUUCCUCUACAAUGAUACAAUUAGAUGGGAUUGCGACGAGGGAUAUCAAAGAAAAAGUGGCGAUCAUGAGCAUACAUGUCUAGCCAGCGCUCUAUGGAGUGGUGAAACACUGGUCUGCGAAAGAAUAUCUUGCGGCGAUCCAGGAACUACUGGAAAUGGAACAAGAAGAUAUACGAAUUUCUUAUAUCAAGGAGUUGUUAAUUAUGAAUGUCAUCCUGGUUUUACAAAUGUAACGGGUUUCCUAAGUCUUGAAUGUGAAUCAAAUAAAACUUGGUCUCAUCCAUCCGCCGUGUGCGAUCGAGAUACUUGUUCAGAUCCUCCAACUAUUUACAAUUCGACCAGAAAGGGUUCCUUCUACUAUAACGAUACUAUUGUCUAUGAAUGCGAUACAGGAUAUGAGCUAACCAGCGGAAACUUGUCUCUUCAGUGUAUUCUAGUUAAUGAUAGUCUUAUUUGGAAUGCACCCUGGCCAGUUUGCAAAAAGGUUUCUUGCGGUCCGGCGUCACAGGUAGACCAUGCCAGCUACAAGGAAACGUCAUUCUCUUAUUUAGAUUACGUAAAUUACACUUGCUAUCCUGGCUAUUAUAAAACUAAAGGAGUGUUUAUAAUACAAUGUUUAGAAGAUAGGAAAUGGAAUGGCACAUUACCAGUUUGCGAAAAAAUAACUUGCGGUGAUCCUGGAGAUAUUAGUAAUGGUGAGAAAAGUGGGCAAUUCUUAUUUGAAGAUGUUGUUACUUAUGUAUGCGAUAAUGGUUAUGAAAAAAUUAGCGGAAAUCUUCAAAUUAAAUGUGACGCUGAUAAAGUCUGGAGAGAUGAAAAGCCAGUUUGCGAAAGGGUCAAUUGUACAGUUCCAGAAGUUAUACCAUUUGCAGUAAUUGAAGGAGAUUCUUAUCGUUUCGGAGAUAGUUUGAAAUAUAUUUGCCAAGAUGGAUUCUCAACAGACGACGGAAAAGUAGUUACUAGAAUUUGUCAAGCAAAUCGGGAAUGGACUGGAACACUUCCUAUUUGUAAGAGAUUGGCUUGCGGUAAACCGGAAAAUCCAACUAACGCUAUCGCAUAUGGAGAAGAAUACGUUUUUCAGUCGAAAAUCUUUUAUAAAUGCUUCGAGGGACACGAACAAAGCGAAGGAGAUAAAGAAAUUAUUUGUCAAGCUGAUACCAGUUGGUCAGGUUCUCCAAUUAGUUGUGAACCGAUAGAAUGUCCAGAGCCUCCUAUUGUCUUUAAUGCACAAGUAUUUGGUCAGAAUGGAUUUGGUCAGGAAAAAACUUAUUCAUGCAAUUUUGGCUAUAUUUUAAAAUCAGGAGAUUUGACAAGAAAAUGCCAAGGCGAUAAAAGUUGGUCGGGUGCAUCUCCUGUUUGCGAAUUACCACCUGCAACGACUCCAAAACCUACAGACAAAUUUGAUCCUAAUCCCAAGCCAACUGAUCCUCCCGUAAAACAAGAAGAUGUUAUUUGUCAAGGACUAGCUGUCGUACCCAAUGCGAACAAAUAUGGCCCUGAAGGCUAUGUUUCAAAAGGUUUAUACGUUACUUUUGUCUGUCACGAAGGAUAUGAAUUUAUAGAAGAUUCAACUUUACAAUCGAUCAAAGUCUCCUGCUUAGGAGAUCGCUGGAGUCGAGGAGUACCUCAAUGCAAAGCAAUUGUUUGCCCAUCUCCAUCUGUUAUUCCACACGCCAUCAUUUCAAAACCGGAAGUAUUCUUGAUUGGAUCUACUGUUGAAUAUACCUGUCCAAUUGGUAUGGAAUACGAAGAUCGUGGUAUAAGUAGAACUAUUACUUGUUUGGCAACAAAAAAAUGGUCUUAUGAUGCAAAACUUUGGAGAUGUCGAGAUAUUUUAUGCAAAUUUAAGAUUCUCGAAGGAUUGGAAUAUGUUGAUCGGGUUAUUAAAUACCCGGGUGAAUAUUUUAUGAAAUGUCCAAAAGGUCAACUUCAUACUGACGGUAGAGAAGGCGUUUGGUCAUUCUGUAAAUUGUCAGGUGCUAUGCACCCGAGGAGUCCAUCUUGUGGAAUAAAUCGUUGCGGACCACCUCCUGAAGUUAAAAAUGCUAUUGUAAAACAGCUUGUUUCAGAGUCAUAUUCUUUGAUAGAAUGUGAACCUGGUAUGAGAUUUCCCGAUGGACAAGUGAGAAAGAUCUUAAACUGUACUAAAUCUUUAGCCUGGGUUCCUUCAACGCUUAGGCCCUGUUCCCAAACAAAUUGCAAACCACCACCUUUCGUUAUUAACGCUACUGAUAAUCGUCCGUCAGUAUUUCCAAUGAAAACUGUCAUCAAAUAUAGUUGCUUUAAGCAACAUUCGUUCCCCGAUGGUAGUCUUAAGCUAUCUAUAACCUGUAACGAAAAUUCCGAAUGGUCAAAUAAGGAUCCUCCAGCCUGUAAACAAACGUUCUGUUCGUCCGCAGAUUUCAGUUCUACUUUGAAAGUCAACUCUUCAUCAGUUUCUCAUAUAGCGGAAACUAAACUUAAAAUACAAUGUAAUAACGAUUCGAGAUUACCUGACGGUACUCAGCAAACAAUAAUAACAUGCUUGGAGAUUGGUAAAUGGUCUAGUGAAGUCGGAAAUUGUUUAACUAAUCGAUGUCCAUCGGCACCAUAUCCAGCCAAUAGUAUCCGAAAGGGAAAUACAACUGACUUGGACAGUGUUUGGGAGUAUACGUGUAAAGAAGGUCAUAAAUUUGCCAAUUCAAACGCCCGUAAAUGGGGAAUAAAGUGUAAUCCUGGUUCGCAAUGGAAUAAUACAGUUCCCGAUUGCGUUGAAAUAGUCUGCGGUACACCAUAUAAAUUACCACAUGCUGAAGCUAUUUAUUCAACUAUCAAUAUGAAUUCUAUUGUAAAAUAUAAAUGCUUGAAAGGAUAUCAAUUUAAACUGGGAGCGCAAACACCGAAAAGUGAAAUUCAAACACAAAUAAAGGGAAUCUGUCAAGAGAACGGUCAAUGGGCAAUCAGUAUCUUCUUUAGGCAAAUAGGCUGUGUUCUCAUAACAUGUCCAGCUGUUAUUGUUGUGGAUAAUGCUGUACCUUCAAAUCUUAGCACAUCGUACGGUAAUACGAUUGUGUACACGUGUCGAACUGGAUAUCAACUGGAUUCAGAAAAAGGAAAUUCUGCAAUAUCCUCUAGGGUUGCAAAUGCAACUAAAAAUGAUACAAGCCUUCCGGCUUCAACAUCUAUGUUUUGCAAUGAAAAUGGAGAAUGGAUAGGCGUAUUGCCAUCUUGUAAAAUAUCUCACUGUUUGAAUGUUAUUGUAUCUACAAAUAUUAAAGCGAACACAACAAAGACAUCUUCUUGGACAUAUGCAAAUUUCUCUUGUCCGCAAAAUUAUAAGACAACUAUAGUCGAAGACGGUAAAACCGUAACAAAGGAUUGGUUUGUAUCAUAUUGUAAACCUUCAGGAAAUACGGUUAGUUGGGAACCAUCGCCGAAAGAAUGCUCAGAUUCAAGUGAUAAUACUCCAACGGAAGCUGCAGAUGCUAAUACUUACGGAAGCGUGGCUAUAGCUAUGAUGAGCGUUACAUUUGGUGGAAUUGUACUUGUUGAUAUACUAACUAUAAAACGUGAUAUUUUACUUUUAGCACAAAAUUUAACGAAAGCAUUCGGUCAAGGUCCUUGGAGUAAAUUCUUGGCUCAGAAUGCUAAGCAAGUACCUCGUGUAAGUACGUCCCAGCUACGUAAUAUCCUCUUUCCAAAUCAGCCUCCUCAAGGUCCACCAGUUGGUCAGAACUAUUCUCAACUCUCUAAUAGAUUUUUAGAACUUAGAUCAUAA